AGCUAGAGUUAACAAACUAAAAGAGUUAAACGAGCCAAAUUGGAACCGGUUCAAGAACUGCUUUCGGAUUUUUGAGUUUAAAACAAGAACUGCUUUCGGAUUGUGUCGUUCGCAGACUCUGCAGAUUCCACAAUCUAAAGCCCUAAUUUCGUAAAACCAAAAGUAUUGAUUUGAACCCCAAAUGUCCGGAGAACAGCAACAAUUAGAUAUCACCAGCUCCUUUUCUACCCCUAACCCUAACUCUCCUCACGCUGAUGCCUCAAUCUCAAUGUACGAGGAUUCGCAUGGAUUCGAUGGGUUGGGAGCCCGACCCGCAUUUGAGCUUGACAGAGCUGCAGGGCCACAGAGUGGGAUGAUUCCACAGACUACUGAUUCAACUACAUACGAACAUCAUGUUGCGAAUGAUGCGAUAGUAACAACAAGAAGUCAGCCCAAAAGCAUCCAGUCUAUGCAAUGCGAGGUAUGCAAUGUUACUUGUGACACUAAAGACGUACUUGAGAAACACAAACAAGGUAAAAAACACUUGAAGAAUAUGCAAAAACUUGCCAUUUCAUCUGUCAUUUCACCAAAAAUGCCACCACCAACACCAACACCCACACCCACUGCAAGUGAAACUUCAGUAGGAGAAUUGGAGAAUAACAAGCACAAGUUAUUGCAAAAUGGAGCAUCAGUUGAUAAAUUGCUCUACUGUGAAACUUGCAAUGCGGUAUGCAAUAAUCAAAAUGCCUUUCAGGCUCAUCUCGCUGGUAAAAAGCAUUCUGCAAAGGCAAUGAUGCAGCUUGUGGUUACGAAUGGGGUCGUUAACACCACAUCAGAAUCAGACCCUAAGGGUCCUACUCCUGAGCCUGAGGCUCAAACCAAUAAUAAUCCCAACCCCAUACAGUGUCAACUCUGCAAAAUAAGCUGCUCCAGCAUUGAAGUCUUCAACACACACAUGUCAGGGAAGAAACACCUCAAGAAACUUAAAGAAUCAGGCCAAAUACCGGAUCCUUCCUUGACCCUUAUCAAUUCACAACAAGGUAAACCCGUGUGGUGUGAACUUUGUGGGAUCAGUUGCGACACAUACGAUGUGUUCAAAACCCACCUAUCAGGAAAGAAACACAAAAAGAAUUUGGAGAAAUCAGAAAAACCAGUAGAAGGAGGAGGGAUGUUGCGAAAUGAAGAGGGUAAAGUUGUAAAUGUGGAUGGAAAUGGAAAUGGAAGUAACAGGAAGACAAAGAGAGUGGGAGGUGAUGAGGAUAUGGAGGCAAAGAGGCAGAAGAUUUUGCAAGGAGGAGGAGCAUUGGAUGCUUUAAGGAUUUGUACGGUGUGCAAUGUUGUUUGUAGCAGCCCUACUGUGUAUGAUUCUCAUGUUGCUGGUAGGAAGCAUGCUGCAAAUGCAAUGCUUGUCAAACAGGCAGAAACCGAUCAAAUCUGAAUGUGUAGUUAUUUUUGUAGAUAUAUAUUGUGAAUUUGAGAUGAAUGAAUCUUGGAUAGUUUUUGGACUAGGAAAAUAGUUAUGAUGAUCAUAUUAAUAGUGGUUGGGUUGUGGUGUUUUCUCAUUAUUGAUGCAAACCCU